AUGCAGGAUGAGCUCAACUUUCCUGCCAUCCGCCCACAUGGACACAUUUUGAUUCUUCUCCCAUCACAAAUUUAUCCAAUAUCAUCGCCUGUCAGUUCCCACGCCAUGCCGACUCACGAUUCUCCUACCACCAGCGACGCGACGAACAAUGAAUGCGACGCACAACGUACCCCCAAAAACACAACGUGGUGGCCCCCCCUCAAAGAAGCCCUCCUAUCUGGGGAAUUAAAGCCAGAAGACCUGGAAGUGCAGUGCCCCAUCUGCCUGGAACGUUGUACAGUCCUCGACCACGAGUACGAGUUGCUCGGCUACCAACAUGCUGCGUCUAUCUACGCCUGUGGACACAUAUUUGGCAAUAUGUGCAUGCGAAAGCGCUUAUAUCAUGUUAUCGUCGAAAGAGAAGAAGUUACAUGCCCGCUUUGUCUAGAGUGUUUACAACACCCUCAGUGCGGUCAUCCCAACCUGGGCCAUAUUAUACCACUCGAGAAAGAACGCACGUCGUCUGUACCGGAAAUACUUAGUCGGGGUGGUACUCUCGAGCCCAACUGCCAGUUCUGCUGGCUGGCCGACCUUGCCAAAAAAUUGAAAAGAAAACUUUGUAGUCUACAUGACGGUGAUUUCGACGAUCGGAUUAAGGUCAAGGUCAAGGUCAACAUCUAG